AUGCCCGCGACCCGCACGAUAACCAACCACACCGUCACCAUAACCCUGCCCGCGCGCCCCCGCCCGCUGAGCGACAUCGAGAUCCUCGACCUCCCCCGGCCCUCCAGCGACCUGGGACACCACCCCGACCUCGAAGCGGACGGCGACCUUGCGCCCGACUCUGCCCCCUCGGAAGUGUCGACGCACCCGUCCCUCUCGCCCCCAUCGGCGACGGGCAACCCGUUCGUGUCGACCGCGACGCUCAACCACUCCUCGACGAGUCUGCCCAGCAUCGCCAUCACGCCGAGCAAGGACGACGAGGCGCGCGAGUUUGGCGCGGCGCCCACAACUACCACGGCAGCGUUGCCCAUUUCGAGCCUCACGCGCGCACGCGCGCCCGACGCCACGUCCGGCUUCUACGACACCGAGCUCGAACACGGCCACGCGGGGGCACAGCGCACGUCGAUCGCGCCUCCCCAGCAGGAACACAAGCGCCAGCUCAAGCCCCUCGAGAAGGUGCUCAUCGCGCUCGGCGCCGCGGGAUUCGUGACUGGCAUCGUGCUGGCAGCGCUGUAUGGCCGCAAGAGCCUCUAG